AUGGAAAUUUCGGAACCUGUCUCCCUCGCACGGCUCCCUCGGAGCCCGCAGGGAGUGAACGAUGUCACCUUUGGCUCUGUCUGGGGCUGGCGCAGUGGAGUGAAGAGAAAGCGGCAUGAGAUAUGCGCGGCAAUCGAGAGCACUUGCUUGAACAUCUACGAGGCGCAGAGCGGUCGAGUACUGUUUUCCUACGCUGUCCCACCAUCGACCGUUUUCUCUGGUCCACCAUGCUCAUUGCGGUGGAAAGAGCAUGGUUCUACCCACCGCCAAACAUGCUUUGCUACCUCCGACCACGGCCUCCGCCUGCACUCAGUAUGGUCCCGGGGAUCUGAAACCGCGAAGCCCAUUUCUGUCGAGCUUGUGACAUCUGCGAGCCCGGUCAUACAUCUCGAACCUUCAAGGAGCGAUACUUCGGUAACAAUCACUGUGCUUCAGGCAGACGGGACGGUGACUAUUGUCUCGGGCGACCUACAGUCCGUUGCAUCCAGCAAGAUUGCUUUGAAAGAGGGAGCCCCGAUCCAUAUUACCGCUGCCUCAUUGUUGACUGCAGCCAAUGCUCGCAAAUUUGUGCUGAAGGCGAGACCUGAUAUCUCCAGCAUUGUGGGUAAUGACUCCCAGGUGCUUCUUGUAGCCACACAGUCGCAGCAGCGAGGAAUGCAACGCAGGGCACUCACAUAUGCAGCUUGGUCACUCGAUUUGGCUAGUCGACGACCAUCACAUCAGCUGGAGAUCUCGCCGUUGUUCGAGCACGAUCUCAGCCACCUAACACCUGCCCUCGCCAAUACGGACGUUGAGAUUACUUCCUCGUCCUUCGGAGUUCGUAACAUGUGCUUGGAUUUCAGAAUCUCACGGGGGCUCUACAGAAUCGACCUGCAUGGCGCUACACCACGACCCCUCCCGCCUGUUUCUGAAGUUCUGUCAGGAUCUCUUGACCUGAUCACAGUCUCACCAUCUCAUGUUCUGGCGGCAUAUGCGGGUAGAAUGCGCAUUCUCGACGUCAACUACUCGACUGUUCGUCUCGAGUACAAUCGGAAGAGAAAGCGCGAGGGCCGAGGACCCGCCACUCAGUUUCACUUCAUUUCCUAUUUCUCCCAGAUAAAUCGUGUUUUGGCCCGCGAUGGGAGUCGUCUUCUGGCCAUUGAUCUCACACCUAUAACUGGCCAUGAUGGGAAACAGUUGGCUACCUCUACUUUGUCCGACAACCUCGGCCGCGGCCUGGCUGUACAGUCUCAAGUCAAUACAAACGUGCGCCUUGUAGGACAAGCAAUUGGUACUGGUGGUCCUGUUACCCAACCGCUGUCUCCCGUUUGGAAGACCAAACUCAGCACGAUGUUGGACGACAAUAACGUCGACGGCUUCGAGAGUAUCGUCAUCAGCCAUUUCGGCUCGGAGGGAGAAUCUAGCAGCAAUGUGAAUCUGUCUGACGAGCUUGUGGAUUUUGUUAUCUCAAGCAUGUUUAACGCGCAAACGGUCAGUGAGGACCAGGGCCGUCAGAUUCGCCUCCAGCUCAACAUCUCAGCGAGCAGUCUGCUGAAAGCUCUUAACGAACGCGGAUAUCUUCGCCCGUCCAGUCUUCGAAGAGCCCUUAGACUUGGAAGGGAGCAAAUGGCUUCGCAUCUACGUCCCGACGGUGUCGCCAGAGCGCUCCAAGAUGCCGAUCCUUCUCUCAAUCUCUUGUUGGACUUCUCCAGCAGUAAUGGUAGCCCCGAUGUUUCUGAACACUGCCGGCUGCUGAAAUACCUAAUUCAACAAGCACUGACGGAUGGGAAUGUGUCUCAGCCACCGCGACUCAUGGCCGCCGAAGCCUCAGAACAGACGGCAAUGGAGGUGCUGUCCGACGUGGAAAAUUUGAAAGGCAAACAAGAUCCGGCUAUGUUGGAGCACUGCUUAGUUGCCGUCCUAGACCGUUUCGGCAGGUUCAGCUUGACUUCGAUCUCAACAAGUAUACGAUCAGUCCUUUCCAGCGAGGAAGUCUUCGGUGUGGUCCAAAUACUUCGACAGCAGAUGUUCCGCAGCGGACACACUGGCUCAUUACUUGCUUCUGAGCCCGAAGAGAACCUCUCGCUGCACCGUCGUGUUUCGCUGGAGUCUGCGGUGAAAAUAUUAUCAGCGUGUGUUGAUGCGAUCGGGCCUCUUGAUCUUGUCAGCGAUAAGGCCGAGGAUGACUUCAUCGAGAGAAUCUUCCCAGAUCUGUUGUCCGAGAUAUCUCUCGCCACGCAGUAUAUCGAAGAGUCAGCAGAUCUGCAAGGACUGCUACGCGAGACACUUCGGCAUGCCGAGGCGCAGGAACCUACUGUGCAUAGCAAUGAUGCGAAUCGAGCCAAGGGCCUACAAACAGGUCGUCCAGGUCAGAUUGUUACAAUCUACGAGCAAAGAACUGAGGAUGAUGCAAUCAGCGACCUGCCAGGAGCCCUUCCUUUGAGCCUACGAGCUGACGGCGCUUUCGAGGCUAUCAAGGUUCGGCGUGGCGGAGGGCAGGUAACGCAGCGAAGUGAAAGGGAGACGCUCAUGUUGGAGAACCGGCAGAAAGGACCGUACACGUUCGAGAGACUGUUCCUAUAG